UCAAAAUGGCGGUUGUUGUUGGCACUUGGCCGUUUAGCUUAGAAGCAGUAAAAUUGACCUCCAAAAAGCUACAAGAGGGGAAGGGAUGUAUUGAUGCACUGGAAAGCGGAAUAAAUUUGAUUGAAGACGAUCCUGACACAGGUCUCUAUUUUGUUGGGAGAGGAGGGUUACCUAACUCUAAGGGUAUUUUAGAGUGUGAUGCGGCAGUCAUGGAUGGAAAUACGUGUCGUUUUGGAGCAGUUGCUGCUUUGCAAGGAAUUGGGACUGCUUUCUCUGUUGCAAGAUGUGUAAUGGAAAAGUCACCCCACAGUAUGCUUGUGGGAGGCGGUGCUCAAGAGUUUGCCCAUAUUCAUGGGUUCCCAGUGGAAUCAAAUUCAGCUUUACAGACACAGCAGUCAAAAGAAGCAUUUAAAAAAUAUCUUGAAAAGGCAGAUGAAGAAAGGGGAGGCCAUGAUACCAUAGGUAUUUUGGCUAUGGACUCAAAAUGCCAUAUUGUUGCAGGUGUUUCCACAAGUGGGUUUGCCUUCAAACACCCAGGUAGGGUUGGGGAUUCACCCCUCCCAGGGUCAGGAUUAUAUGCUGACGAUGAGAUUGGAGCAGCAGCAGCUACUGGUGAUGGCGACAAUAUGAUGAGAUUCUGCCCUGCUUUUCAUGUUGUUCAACUCAUGAAGCAGGGCCAUUCUCCACAAGAAUCUUGUGAGCUAGUGGUCAAAGAAGCCCAGCAGAAAGCAAAAACAACUACAAAACCAUUUGAGAUGGCCUUGAUUGCUAUCAACAGGAAGGGCGAUUUUGGAGCAGCUGGCACUGUGACAUCAUUUAAAGAUGAAAGGCAUGAUACCUCAUACACAGGAUUCCCAUUUGUAGUAUGGACUGAAGAAAUGAGUGCACCUGAAAUCAGGGUCCAACCUCCUGUUUACCUUUAGUCAAGGUUGUGGCUCUUUUUCCAGUUUUUUUCCAUAUCACAAUUAAGUGGCUUAUAUCAUCCUGGGAGUGUAAGGUGCAGAGGUGGAACUCUUUCCCCCCCUUCCAUGCAGUUGGCAUCAUUAAGAUACAGGGGGGGGAGGGAAGUAAAGUAAAGAAGUGUGUCUGAAACAAGACUGUACAAUUGCUAUAAUGAAAAGCAAGUGCAACACAGACUUCAGUUUUAUAAUAUAGAUUCUUUUGUUUGCAAACGUCUUUAUAUACAGUUACAAUCUUUCUAUAUACUUUUGGUAAAACAAAGGGGAAAUUUAAGACAGCACUCUUUAAACAAGCAUGUUACAUGCACGUAACUUUAACUUGCAGUAGAGUGAAUAAAAUAGGUAAAAUUGUUAUCAUAUGAAAUUUAAGUUGCUUGGUUUGCAGACCAUAGACUUGUUUGUCAUAUUUGUAAAUUUUUCCUGAUGGUAACUGUUUAAGCCGGAUAAAUCAAGUAUUGAAGUAAGUUGUUAAUAAAAAUAAUGUCAUUUGUAUCUUU